UUCGCACAGUAUGACUCCAGCGCCAAGUUCUUCCUCCAGCCAACUCCAUGAAGUGAGCAAAGUCUCGAAGGCAGUUCAGGAAUGAGAAAAGUGUCACACACUCAAGAAGAAAUUGCACCACGAACGUCGUCGUAAAGCGGAAAGUGACAACCAACGGAAAAUCAAGGAAUUGCAGAAUGAAAAUGAACAGCUCAAGCUCGAUAGUGAUGAGAUGCGUCAUGCUGCUCAGGUUCUAAAGAACGAAAACCAACAGCUCCGAGAGCAAAUGAAGGAGUUCAUCCAUAGUAAGACGAUGAGCAUAAUCCAGACACAAGCGGAGCUCCAUCAUUCCUUGCUUCUGAAGACUCGAGUCUUGAACAGAACACAGUCCGACCUGGACAAAUGCAUGAAGCACAAGGAAGAGAUGAGAUCCGAAAUGAGAAGGCUGAAUCGAAAGCUCAAGAGAGCUCAGGAAGCCAAGCAGAACGAGGACUUGAAUCUCAAAUUUUGUUAGUUGUUCGGAAGAUUUUUUUUUUUUGCAUACUAUA